AUGAGAUUCUGGGACUUUUCCACCAAGGCACUUGCCACUCUCCUCGCAUCCGUGGCCGUUGUUUCUGCCAGCGGUCCUACCGACGGCGACGCCAUUGCUCCUGCUGACUCUGCUGUCGUCAAGUUGACUGCGUCCGAGUUCGAGAGCUUCUUGACCGAGAACCCCUUGGUGUUGACCGAGUUCUUUGCCCCAUGGUGUGGCUACUGUAAGCAGUUGGGCCCCGAGUUCGCCCUGGCUGCCGACUCGUUGAAGGACACCCACCCCAACAUCAGAUUGGCCCAGGUGGACUGUACCGAGGAGGCUGACUUGUGUCAGUCCCACGACAUCAAGGGAUACCCUACCUUGAAGGUGUUCAGAGGCACCAGCAGCGACGAAUACGCUGGUCCUCGUGAGGCAGCUGGCAUUGCCGACCACAUGAUCAAGUUGUCGCUUCCUGCUGUGCAGAACGUCCAAGAUCUCGAUUCCUUCUUGAAGGCUGCCGACAGCCAGACCCAGCCUUUCGUGGUCCAGGUGUUCCCUUCUGCUGCCCACAAGUCCGCCGCCGCUUCCAACGAGACCUACUCCCAGUUGGCCAACCAAGAGAGAUCCCGUUUCUCUUUCUUCUCUAUUGCUGAGGACGACAUCAUCUCCAAGCUCGACAAGAAGGUCAACAUCGACCUCUCCGGUAAGAAGCCAAAGUACUUGGUUGUCCACCCAGGUGAGUUGGACGACGUCAGAGUUUACGAGGGUGAGUUGGAGCGCGAGGCCUUCAUUGACUGGGCUACCAGUGCGAUGGUUCCUGACUUCGGCGACAUCAACAGAGACACUUACCUCCUCUAUAUGAACUCCAAGUUGCCUUUGGGUUACUACUUCUACAACAACGCGGAGGAGAGACUGGCCGUCGAUGCUUUCUUCAAGGAGCAAGGUAAGAAGUUCCGUGGAAAGAUCAACUUCGUUGGUUUGGACGCUUCUCAAUUCGGCCGUCACGCCGAGGUCUUGAACAUGGACCCUGAGGUUGUUCCAUUGUUCGCUAUCCAGGAGAGCUCUGGUGGUAAGAAGUAUGGUGUCAACCAAACCGAGCACCCAACUGGUCCAUCCACCAAGGUCAUCACCUCUUUCGUGGAGGACUUCUUGGCUGGCAAGGCUACCCCAAUUAUCAAGUCUGAGCCAUUGCCAACUCAGGAGGAGAUCGAUGCUCAAGCUGUUACCAAGUUGGUCACUCACAACUACGAUGAGAUCCUUGGCGACUACUCAAAGGAUGUCUUUGUUAAGUACUACGCUCCAUGGUGUGGUCACUGUAAGAAAUUGGCCCCAAUCUGGGAAGAGUUGGCUGAGGAGUUCGACCCUGAGCAAAUUGUUGUUGCUGACAUUGACCACACUCUUAAUGAUGUUGAGACCCCAGUUGUCAUCGAAGGUUACCCAACCCUUAUUUUCUACCCAGCCAACGGUGAGGUCAACCCAGAGACCGGUUUCAGAAAGCACAUUAUGUACAGUGGCGCCAGAGAACUCGAAGAUUUCAUUAAGUUCAUCAAGACCUCUGCUGGAACCAAGGCUAAGAAGGCCACUUCUCCAAAGGCCAAGAAGGCUGACGUUGAUGAGGUUGCCAUUGAUGACGAGGAUGAUGUCGAAGUCGCUGAGGAUGACGUUGACCACGACGAGUUGUAA